AUGAAGUCCACCACCGUCCUCGCCCUAUUCCUCUCCUCCGCCCUCGCCACACCCACCCUCCUCACCCCCAACACCCUCGCCGCGCUCUCCAAGCGCGCCACCUUCCCAAUCCCCGCCUCUAAGGGCAGCGUCACCUUCUCCAAGCCGCAGCCGGUAUCCGCGGACGCGCCCUUCGACGGCGGCAACCGGACGUACGGGCGCGGCGCGUCGUGCACGGAACAGUCCGAGGGCGGCGACGCCGACGCCGUGUUCCUGCUCGAGGACGGGGCGACGCUGCGGAACGCCAUCAUCGGAAAGGAUCAGAUCGAGGGGGUCCACUGCAAGGGCGCCUGCACGGUGGAGAAUGUGUGGUGGGAGGCCGUGUGCGAGGAUGCGUUGAGUUUGAAGGGGGAUGGGGACGCUAGUGUUAUCGGGGGGGGCGCCGCGGGAGCGGAAGAUAAGAUCAUCCAGCACAACGGUCUGGGAACCGUGACCAUUGACGGGUUCACCGCGGUCGACUUCGGCAAGUUGUACCGCUCGUGCGGCAACUGUAAGACCAUGGGAGAACGCAAUGUCGUCGUGAAGAACGUCAAGGCCUACGACGGCUCCACGCUUGUGGGUAUAAACUCCAACAAGGGCGACAUUGCUACCAUCGAGAGCUCCUGCGCUACUUCUGUCAAGGAGAUCUGUGUUGAAUUCGAGGGGACCACACCCGGUAAUGAGCCCGAGGAGAUUGGCUCUGGCCCUAGCGACAACUGCCAGUACUCUACUGUUACAACUUGCUAAAUACCUACGUACGUAGUUGAUUGGAAGAAGUGUCGCCUCCCUACCUAGCCUUUGCUUGACCCUCAAUUUAGUUUCAGAAGAUUCGAUGUUAGGAUUGGAGGUUGUCUAGUCCUUGACUCACUGAUGAAUGACUAUACCCUCCGAUUCUAUUGAAGUGAGCAAAUAUUUCGUGUAUAUAUUGAUCCUUUGAAUCUCAACUACAUACGUCUGAUUGGUUCUGAAGCAAUAUUAGUAGUGCCAGUAAAUUCCGCAACUGUCCAUUCAUAACACCCCCGAUGAUGAGAGUUCUGACACUUUACGAUAACGUAGGCAGUUAGGAAAGCUCUUAGACUAGGAGAUAACGCCUGGGAAUUGCUCGGUUGUUUUUU